UCAUCUCUAUUCACAUCGAACAGCUGAGCCGGUAAACAACUAGGAAAAAAGUAUAGAAAUAAUAAAAAAAAAACAACAAAACUAAUUUUCGUGAAUGUUCUACAAAAAAUGAAAUAUAAAUAUUAAUAGCAAAAAUGGAAGAUCGCAAUGAAGAAAUUGAACCAUGCCGCGAUAUAGGACCACAUGAGGAGCUGGAGGUGAUUAAAAGCCAGGCAGUCAUUAAACUAUCACCUGUUCAGGUUCCAGCUCAUUUCAAGAGACUCGAGUGCAACACAAAUCUCAAUUUGCCCCCUUUGAAUUGGCUGACAACAUCGCAGAGUAGCCAUGGAUUGCAUCAAGCCUUGUACCAGAGUGCAGGAUUCGCUAGUUUUCGCUUGGGACAGAUGUUCCCUGAUUGUGUGGGUGAGGUGGAUGUUGUUUCGGAUGCCGAAAAUAUAAAGCAGCUUCUAAAGCUGCCAUACAGUGAUGCGCAGAGCGCUAUUAGCAUGGUGGUCCACAAAGUGGGCAAUACAUUGCUCCUGGAUGAGUUCGACAUACAAAAGUAUUUGCUACGCAAAGCGGACGAUGAUUGGAAAUGGUUACGUUCUUUUAUAUUGGAGCACAUUCUAACCUACGGCGAUAAUCAGGCCAAUUAUUGCCUAAAAGAACGCAAUCGUGAGGCAUUGCAAACAAAAAAUUUACUCUCGAAGUUUCUGUAUCACAGUUUGAAGCAAACGGGUGAAGCAGGCGAUAAUUAUGAAGUGAGUACAUCCACCCAGGUGACCAGUCGUCGACCAGUGGGCUUACCCAUAAGUGGACCCGUGUUGCCAGAGCCAAAGAUCGAAGAGAAUGUACCGGAUCCGAAAUCGAGUCAUGCCUUUAAUCGGAAUGUGGUGUGGACAUUUGAGGAUAUACGCAUGUUAAUUGGCACUGAUAUGCCAAUAUUUGGUGGACCGAAUCGUCCGUGCAUCAGUUUACGUCUCCGGGAUGCUGCUCAGCCCAUUAAUGUGCUCACUGGGAUCGAUUAUUGGCUGGAUAAUCUCAUGUGCAAUGUGCCGGAGGUUGUAAUGUGCUAUCAUUUGGAUGGCAUUGUACAGAAAUACGAGAUAAUUAAGACUGAGGAUUUACCCUAUCUGGAGAAUUCACAAUUCUCGCCGCAAGUGGUGAGAAAUGUGGCACAAAACAUAUUGGCAUUCCUGAAGGCCAAUGCCACCAAGGCUGGCCACACAUAUUGGCUGUUUAAGGGGCGUAACGAUGACGUGGUCAAGCUCUAUGAUCUCACCACUCUCUGUGAGAAUCAAAAUCAAGGUGGUGCCGGUGGCGAUGAUCAUCAUCAGCAUCAAGAGUCGCCAGAGAAGCAGCAGCAAAUGAAUCCAUUCACAGUUCCUGUCGGCAUGCUCUUGUAUUCGGUGGCUCGAAAUAUGAAGAACACAUUGAAGAAUAUCAGUCCCCAGACAGCAGGAAAUAUACGAGCCCUAUUAGAUAAUUGUAUCAAGCUGUUGCCCAAAGAGCAGUAUCCACAAAUUGUUAGUUCCUCGCAUUAUAUACUCUCCGAUUUGCAUAUACCAGCGGGUAUAGAUCCCAAAUCACCGAAGUUUGAUGAGCAUGAUUCCGAUUCCCUUUACGACGACGAUGAAGACGAUGAGGAGGAUGAAGAUGAUGACGAGGAGGAGGAUUAUCAAUAUGGAAAUUGUGAUUUUACAGCCAAUAAGUACUAUCAAAGCUCCGAAGAGAGCGGUGGUAAGGCAAAUGUUGCCGUACGUCAUAUAUGCGAUGCUCUUAGAGAUUUCAAAUCGCAUACUAAGAAAUCGAAGCCGGCUCCAUUAAUGGCCACCACCGUUGAACGUUGUCAAAUAUCAUUGGAACACAUAAGCGCUGGAAUCUCAUGUCUACAAUACUUCAAUGGCAAUCAAGAGGAGAAGCUUAAAGAGACGGAAACGCAUGCCAAGCAAGAGGAAAGGGAACGCAUAUUGCAUGAGGAGCAGAAUCCAAAUAUGGCCAAACCCUUCAACGCCAUCCCAUUGCCCUAUGAGCAACUAAUAAUGCCGCCCCCAUCCCAGUCCAGCUCUAGUUCGAGUAAAAAAUCCACAAAAUUGCACAAGUCCGACAGCAAAUCCAAAGAACUGGCCACCACUAGCAAUAGUAGCAACUCUCUGACGGAGGAUGGAAAAACUAAUCAACAACUUAGUGCCAAAUUCAAUAAUCACCAUUUUGGCUCAUGGAAUGUCCAUCUGAAGCUAUUGCUCUUGGAGAAGGCCUGCUUGACCUAUGCCACAUUGGCCGAACAUCAUUACGAAUUGGAGAGCUUCGGCUGCACAUUGCGAGCCAUUGAGUUGGCCUGUCGUUGCCAACAGGUGCUCAAUAAGUAUAUGGCCAAUGUGGUGUCUCAACAAAGUUGUUUGCUCGGUCGUGCGGGUGACUGUUUCUUUCAGAUGUCCAAGCAUUGGUCCGAUAUAGCCAAGUAUAAGCGACAAUAUGAGCAGGAGAAUGAAAUUAUGCGCAUAAUUGGUGAGGAAAUCACUCAAGAAUUGCAGCAGGAUGACGACGAUGAGCUACCAUUAUCCCUAGAGCCCACUGACAAUGUGGAGCAGGUGAUGCUACUCAGUUGUAAAUGCUAUGAGCAGGCUUUACAGCAUUCCGAAAAACUCGAGAGUAAUGAACUCUUGCGUCGUCUUGGCAAUGUGCGCAAUGAAUUGGGUCUGAAGUAUAUGUACUGGGCGCAAGAGGAAUACAGUGAAUAUAUGAAGAAAAAAGAGGAGCAUGUUAGGAAGUAUGGACGUAAGCCACAGAAGCAGCAGGACGAAGAGAAAAAGGACAAGGAGAAACCGCUCUAUGUCAAAUUGACUGUUAAUUCCUAUGAUUGUCUACGUCGUGGCAUUAAGGCCUUUACAACUGUCGAGGAUAAUAUUAACUUGGCAUUUCUCUAUUGCAAUAUGGGAAGAUUUAUGCGUCUACGUGCCCAUCUAACAAUGCCCGAUGAGAGUGCCGUUAAAUUGGAUAGUCAAAAAACCUUUUAUAACGAAGCCUUCAAAUACUAUGAAAAGGCCAAGGAUUGCCUCGAUACACGUAAAGCCAAUGCCGAGCUUUGGGAUCUAGUGCAAUGGGAAUUAUCCACGGCGACUUUCACUUUGGCCAAACAAUUGCAAGAUCAUGGCGUGACGACUGAAAAAUCUACCCUAGUUGAGUCGACCAAAGAGGUCUUGGAAUUGCUACAGAAAUCUUUGCGUCUCUGCGACGUAGAGCAUGCUGGAGCCAGACAAGUGCUCUAUAGUUUUCGUUCUGGUUUGAUCCAUAGGAGAAUUGCCUCGUUUCACUACUCUCAAUUGAGGGCAGCAGGUAAUUGUGAGCUAUCGCACUUGCCUAAAUCAUCAUUGCAGCUAUGCAAGCAUCAUUAUGAGAAGGCCGCUCAGAUCCUGGAGAGCCUCAAAGAGGUCCAAGAGCUACUUAUAGUACAACUGGAACGCAUUUCGUUGCAUGAAUACUUGGCAGAGCUGACCAGCUACUCGGCCCAGAAGAUCAAACAAAUGCAAGCGGCUUUGGAUAUUUGCUUGCAAUGCGAUGUCAUCGUUGCCAGCAACGUCAUCGAUACCAUUAUAAGCAACAACACAAAUAAUAGCAAUAGCAGCAGCAGCAACAACAGCAAUUAUGCUAUUAAUAAUAGUAAUGACGAAUUUAACAUCCAUUUGACACUGUUUGAGAGCCGUAUACAAAAUGCAUUAAAGACAUUGACCAAACUAUUGCUAACCGGCAAGGAUUCGAAGCAGCUGUCGGCUUUGUACAAGCGCAUGUAUAUGGAAACCUUGACUGGGAAACAUGGCACAGGGGAGCAGCUUGAUGGAGAGGUGACAGACACAGCCAUUGUCUUGAAGUCACAGCUGCUUCAUACACUAAUAACCCGGCUGAAAACCAUGUGCGAAGCUCAUAUGGCCAAUGACUAGACCGCCACCACCCCGCUUAGCUCUCAACUACGUACGUGUCUUUAGUUAAAUUUGAUAAAAAAAAAAAUAC